AUGAAUUUCAAAUCCCUUUCUGCUGACGAAGCUGCCACGUUGGAAAUACCAAUCCUUGAAGAUGAAGUGUUAUCGGACCUCAAGAUUCUUGGUCAGAAUAGGGCCCUUGGUCCUGACGGAUUUCAAGUCGGGAUAAUCCUGAAAUGUUGGUACUUCAUGAAGACAAAUAUUAUGAAAGUGGUGAAAGACUUCGAGAAUUCAGGAAAAAUUGAUUGGCGUUUAAAAUCAACCUUCUUAGCUUUAAUCCCAAAGAAGCAGGUGGUUGAGGAGAUCAGGGAUUUGAGGUCCAUCAGCUUAACCAUCACCAUCUACAAAGCCAUUUCCAAAAUUUUAGCUGAAAGACUCAAGGUAAUGCUCCCUAAACUUGUGUCUAGUCAGCAGUCUGCUUUCGUUAAGGGUAGACAAAUAUUGGACAGUAUUUUGGUUGCAAAUGAAUGUUUAGACUCUAGAUUAAAACUUGGUACCCCGGGGUUGGUGUGUAAAAUUGAUCUCGAGAAGGCCUUUGAUAAUGUUAAAUGGUUUUUCCUUAUGGAGAUUUUACAAAAAAUGGGUUUUGGUAAUGUUUGGCUGUUGACAAUGAUGUUCCAUAAAGCUGAAAUGGAUGGUUUGCUAGGGUUUUUUUUAUCUUCUUCUUCUAAUAGUGUUGUCAAAGUCAGUCAUCUUCUAUUCGCUGACGAUAUGUUAGUUAUUUUAGAUGAUAAUGUUGAGCAAGACAUUGAAGGUAAGACUGAAAUUAUGGGAUGUUCGUGUGACUGUUUUCCAACUCAGUAUCUUGGCAUGCCUUUGGGAGACAAAUCAAAUUCUACUUCUAAAUGGGAUAGGAUUGUGGAAAUAUGUAAGGCAAGAUUGGCUUCAUGGAAGCGUAAAACUCUUUCACGAGAUGGUAAGCUUUCUCUAAUAAAAAGUGUUCUACAAAGCAUUCCUAUUUACUAUUUCUCUCUUUUCAUGGCUCCUUUUAAAGUGAUAAAAUCUAUUGAAAAGAAGUGGUGGUGGAGGCUUGGAAAUGAACCAGAAGCUCUCUGGUCACGGGUUGUUACGGACAAGCAUGGAAUUUCUUAUCUAGGUUGGAGAACGCAUCAACUUAAGGAGAAGUAUGGAGUCAGUCUUUGGAGAAACAUUUUCUCAACUGCAGAAGAAAUUUUUAAACAUUGUCAAUUCAAGAUAGGUAAGGGGGAUAGGAUUAGACUUUGGGAAGAUAAGUGGAGUAUUCAGGGCUCCCUUUCUUCCCUUUUUCCGAGUCUCUAUAGCUUAUCUAGUUCCAAAAAUAUCUCUAUUAUGGAUGCUUUUCAAAAUGAUGUUGAUGGUUUUAAAUGGAAUUUGGGUCUUAAUCACAGAAGACGUUUGUAUGAUACAGAAAUUGCGGAACUUUGUAUCGUUAUACCUCUGUUAGAUUCCAUUGUGCUCAUUCCUGACAUGGAUGACCAGUUUAUUUGGCUCGGCGACAAGAAGGGCACAUUUUCAGUUAAAACGGCUUAUAUCAACUACUCUCAAGGUAUUGAUCCUAUCAUUCCUUUUCCUAGUUAUAAGGUGUGGUCUAGAGCAUGGCCACGUCGUGUUGGUUUCUUUCUCUGGAAAGUUUGUUUGAAUAGGUUGCCAACCUUAAGCAACCUGCACCACAGAAAUAGUGCUUUAGAUUCACCAAAUUUGUGUUAUCUGUGUGGUCUGACUGAAGAAACUGAAGACCAUCUCCUUCUGCAAUGUACUUCGGCUAUUAGUGUUUGGAACUACUUCAUGAACUUUGUUGGAGGUGGCAGUCCUAUACUUCAUACUGUCAAGGAGGUUAUCGUGGGAUGGAAGAAUCCUCCUCUAUCUGCCCAAGGAAAACAACUGUGGAAAAGACUUCCGACAGCCAUCCCUUGGGGAUUAUGGAAAGCUCGUAACGACAUUGCCUUCUCCGGAAAGACGUUCAAGCUGCAAGGUGUCAUUAGAGAUAUAAAAAUAGAUGCCUUCAAUAUAGAGGCCUGGAUUGCUUUAAGGGCAUCAAUACAACGAGUGUAA